AUGAAUGGACAAACCCCGUUGCACUCCGCUCCAGCCGCAAGCUUAGUAGGUCCUUCUCAAGGCUCUCGGAGCAAGAGGUCCUCAAAAGGUAGCAACCGGACGGAGGAUAAGCGGCAGAAAAGGGGGUCUAUACACUCCCCAAUAUACCCAGAUAGCUCUCGAAGGGAUCCCAGUAAAAGAUGUGAGUACCACAACGACAUUGGGCACAACACCAAUGAAUGCAAAAACCUCAAGGACAAGAUCGAAAACUUGAUUCAAUUAGGACAUCUCUAUGAAUGGAUCAAGAACCGGUUGCCUCACCUCAAUCCGGUUCAAGCAGCAGGAGCUUUGCCUCAAGGAGCACCUGGGGGUGUAGCCGGAGCAUUGGCCGCAGUUGCUCCCCCCAAAGAUGCCAAGCAAAUUCCUGGCCUGCCACCAAGACCCAACAGAAGAGUAGCCAUGAUCUUAGGAGGACCUCACAUCGGAGGAACUACCCGGAAGGAGCUGAAGCGUUACGCAGGGGCCGUGAAGCACAGUGAGGUUUGGGAGGUUACUCAACUCCCAGCUCAAAGGCCCUGGCUAAUGGAUCAGACCAUUACAUUCAAAGAAGAAGACGCUAAGACAGUGCGUUUUCCUCAUCACGACCCUUUGGUCAUAGAGACUCCCAUUGCCAAUAAGAUUGUGGCUAGAAUCCUAAUCGACAACGAGAGUUCUCUCACAGGGUUUAAUGGAACAACACUUAUCCCAAUGGAAAAAGUGAGACUCCCAGUCACUUUGUUCCUAGACACACCCCAAAGAACUUUCAAAUACUGCACAUUUGUGGUGGUGGACUGCCCAACAGCUUACAAUGCAAUCCUCGGCCGACCGGCCCUGGUGGAUUUUGGUGCAGUCACGUCAAUUAGGAACUUGUGCCUGAAAUUCCCUAGUCAAGAGGUUGGAAUAGGAACCGUAAGAGGGAACCAAGGGGAGGCCAGGUAG